AUGACUUUGCCAGACACUCUCACUACUGGUCGUAGACUUGGUGGUAUGACUUCACAAGUUGGCAGGACAAAGCCAUACGACCGUCCAUCCCGUCGAGGCAUGGAUGGCCGUUUUGGCAAUAAAAAGAAUGAUGCAGAUAUGGACAGCCAAUGGCAGCAUGAUAGGUUCUCCAAGGAUGAUGGAGGGAAAGGUACUGGAUUAAGGCAGGAUGCAUCUUACAGUGGCAGUCGUCAUUUGGAUUCUAGAAAACAUACUGUGCUUGUAUCCAACCUUCACUGGGGUGUCUCUGUUCAAGAUUUGGAAGAGCUUUUUGGAAUGGAUCAAGGUCAAUUAUUAUCUGCUAAAAUCAAAUAUGAUACAUCUGGCAGAUCUGAAGGAAUAGCUACGUUGGUGUUUACAUCCUCUGAAGCUGCUCAAAGUGCAGUAGAUGAAUACCACAAGCGAGAGCUUGAUGGUCUUCCACUUCAACUUGAAUUGACCGACUCGGGUAAAUCUUUUUCUGGAAGGCUCGGAUCUGGUGAAAUGGGUAGAGGCGAGAAAGGCAAUACAGAUAUCAUUGAUCGGUUGGGUAAACCAUCAGUGUUUCAAAGACUUGGAAAGUCUUUGGAUGAUAGAUUGGGCCAAAAGGGAUCGAGUACUUUGGCUACCAAGGGACUGAAAAGCAAGCAAGAUGCACGAUAUGAUCGCAGACCAAACCGUGCUGAAGGCGAUUGGCGUGCUGACAAGAUAGAUCUGGAUACACAAAAGACUGAUGGCUACAGACAGUCUGGCCAGAAAAAGCGGCAUGGUGCUUUUUAUCAUGCGGAUACGGAGAUGAGCAUGACAGAUGUUGAUAUGGAUACAGACGUGACAGAGGCUGCACUUGGUACUGGAAGUCGCAAAAAUCGUCAUGGACAUGCCAAUCGUAAUCGUGGCGCUAUCACUCCUCCUACAAGACGUCCAAUUGUAUCGUAUGUAGAUGCGGACCACCCUGCAGCUGAUGGAAAUAUGCUUUCUAAUAUGUGAUAUUCACAUUUGAUUCAAACUGAUUGACUACAUUUAUGCUCAAGUUUUGCAGUAAUUGAAUAGCCUUUUGAUUACCAUUG